AUGAUUAUUGAUAUUCAUUUAGAGGUAUUAGACGAAUGUCAAAGGGAAGAUCUAUAUUCGACGAAGGAAGAUUAUUUUGAAAUUUUGGUACAAGAAUUUAUGGGAUCAAAAUUUAUGGAAGAAGGAAAAAUUUCUAGAGGUGACAUUCCUAAGGAACAGGUUCCAUGUUCAGAUUUCGGGUUUAGGGAGGAAGACUUUGUUCCUAAGGAGCAGCUUCCAAGUUCAGAUUCCGGGUUUUAG